CCUAUUGUAGUAGAGAUUGGAAUAGUACCUGGUCCAGUUGGUUCAAUAUCCAGUAUCAUGAACACUACAUGGGCUGUUAUCUCAUGGAGUGUACCUAGUUAUAUUCCAUCAGACUAUCCCAUUAUCACAUAUGAGAUAGGGUAUCAUUUCUUACAGUCUCGCAACUGUACGGUGGCUAGUUUUGCUAAUGAGUCAUUGGAGUUCUUUUGUAUAGUCAGUACAUUUACUAACAUUACUGGUCUCAAUAAAAGCACUUGCUAUAUUUUUGGUGUACGUGCAUAUACUGUUAAAGGGCAUGGGUACUGGAAAUUUAUUACUAAUGAGACAUUGGAAUUACCUUCUGUUCCAACAGUUACAGUUACAUAUACUGUAACUUCAACACCAAUUAUCACUUCUUCUGCUAGUAAUAUUGCUUUUGGAAUGAGUGCACUAGUAGGUGUAUUGUUCAUCGUGUUAACUGUCAGUAUUGUUAUCAAUAUUUGUUUAAUUAUUUUACGUAUGAAAUCUAACUCAGUUAAGCAUACAAGAUCUGAUGAUGAUAUUGCAAUGCAAGUAUGUGAACCAUAUGAUCUUCACAAGACUAAACUAAGGGAAGAGGAAAGUGUCUAUGAUGAAUGUGACAUGUCACCAGAUGCUGUUUAUGAGAUUAUGCCACAAUAACUUACUUUUAUAGUUUAAAGUGUGUGCGAUUAUUACGUAGAUAUAGGUAGUUUAUCAUGCCACUUUACUGAAUAAAUAGAGCUAGAUACAUAAACACAUACACUGUUACAAAAAACACUAUUAUUCCUGUAUUCAAGAGGUG